AUGAUGCUGUUCCUGCAACUUUGCGAGUAUUGGGGUAUCUUCCUCCUCGAGGAUUUUGUCUGGUGUUUCUUGCUGCAGCGACCAUAUUUCUGCGCGUGCUCGAGCUCGGUUUGGGAUUUUUCGUCUUGCGCGGAUGACUUUUUGACGCUGGAUUUGUGCCUUGAUGUAAAUUCUGAUAAAUCUAUUUCAACCACUCCCAAGCCCAAGAGAAGCCCCAAGGGGUCUGCUCUGGUGACUUCAAACGUGCUCUUGCGUCCUGCAAAGGGCUCUCCAAAUUCAUCUUCUCCUAAGGAGGCCACUGGGAAAAACGAACCUGCGAAUUCUACUCCCAAAACGAGUUUUCGCCCUAUUGUUAACACUACUACUGUUGUGCGUCGUUCGGGUGAAUUCCAUGCACCUGUACAACCGUACAAUCCAACAGUUGCUGAGGCGGCAAACUCAGGAAGCAGUACGGCAUCGCUAUACAAGCGUGCUACUGCAUCCCACACAUCGCCUAAAACAAGGAGAAUUCGUUCUAGUGCUGCUGUACGAAGCACCUCUGCUUCGGCUAGGGCUGCCCAGCACGACCACUUAAGACCCGAUGUUCAGGAUCUUUCCAGAUCUGAUCUUAUCGAACUGGAUUCCAACGAGGAGGAGAUUGAUAGUGAUUCCUUAUGUAUGGAAGGCGCGAGUGCUCUUCCCGUUUCACCGCCGAAUCAACAAAAUACCGCUCAGAAUGUUGUUGCCGAGCCCGUUCCCUUGCAGUCUGAUGACUUGGAAACCCAGGGAUCUAAAUAAAGAACUUUGCUGCACACCUCUCAUGUUUGGCUGUUUUGAGGCCCUUUUUCUGCCUGCUGUCACUGCUUUUAUAUAAAUCUGCGCCCUCUUGUGGGAAACUUUGCUUCUGGAUAGUGCCGCAACGCGGGACACUUUUUAUAUAUAUUGAUCGUCUGCCUGAACACGUCAUGUAGUGGAAAUGGGCUAAUCAAUGUGUGAUGCUAUCUCCAUAAACUCUAUGAUAAUGCAGAGAUUCAUACAUGCUCUCUUGCAACAACGUUUUGUAUAUUUUAGACCUUGGAGUCAACAUAUUCUUCAGACAUGAUGCUGUUCCUGCAACUUUCUCUCGGCUGGCACCCCACUGGUGCGCAUCUCCAUGCCCGUUCCUGGGAUUCAUUUGGCUGCGCCCACGCCUGCCACAUAAACGCUUUCCAUGGUACUACUGGAUCUUCACAGCAGCUACAUCUACAACUACACUAUUCAUACUUAUAUUUACUAUUUAAGAUUAUUAUUGUCAUACGUUU